AUGCCUCCUAGCGCGUGGAUGGAGGAAGCUGAAAAAGCCAAUUGUGCUCACAUUGUGGAUGCCAUGAUUUACAUUUCCAACGAGAGUGGCACCAGAUUUGAUGUCUUUUGGAUCAAUCCGAAAACUCAAACUCUCACGCAAAUCACGCUCGAUCCCGUAGAACCACGCAUUGUGGCCCCGUACAAUACCCACGUGGAUCAGGUACUCGAACUGCACGAGAUACCCGAUGCCACUACGGGAGAAUGCUCCUCUCCCGAACAAGUCUGUCGAAGAACCUAUGCCAAGGCACAUUCCGAAGACAAAACGAAAAACGUCUAUAAGAUUACCAAAGACUUUGAAGCCGUCCAUGUCACCGACAAUCUUCGUGCCAGGGCAUACGCAGGAGAAACCAUUGCCAGUGCUCUCACCUUUCAAAAUUCCAGUGGAGAGACCGUGGAUAUCUUUUGGGUGGAUCAUACCGGGAAUAAGGUCCAUCUCGGUCCUCUCAACCCCGGAGGCACUGCUGCCUUUGAUUCCUUUGUGGGAAAUGAAUUUGCCGUGCAGGAAUCAGGAGAAUCUUGUGGCGACAGUUGUCGCAUCACCCAUGUCAAAAAUCCAGGAAAUGACCCCACCAUUGUCAUUCAGGAGCGAUUUCAGGCCAUGUAUCAGGGACGCGAUAUCUCCGAGCCAUGA